GAGAUUGAUGCCUCUUGAUAACUGGGUAGUAAUAUGAAACAGUGGAUGUUUGUUCCUGAGAGAAUUUAAACGAAAGGUACCUGACGGGGGAUUAAAGCAAAACAUAAAGGGGCAUGUGGAGCCAUCUUUCAAGGACAAAGCCUUCAAAGGCUGUCAUGUGUAGAGAGACUAGGUUACAAGGAAGAAAUGGUUCCAGAACCCUUGCGCUUGCGAAGGACAGCGACAAUUCAAAUAACUUGCCUUGGGCUACAGUGGAGUAUUAUACAAAAAAACAAGAGCGGUUGAUGGACAAGUUUGGUAAUCUGAUACACAACGAGCGUACUGUUAAGGAGCCUGCUGCUUGGACGCACGAUGCGAAAAUGGCCUUCGCAAUCCAGGUCCUUGCCCGCGAAUUCCCAAACGUGACUGAGGAGGAACUGCGCAAAAGACUGCUACAGCUGCAAGCCCUUUUGCCGGACUUGAAGCCUGGGCCAUCAGUGAAGCCUGCUGACCUGGUCCGUGUGGCCGCACGGCUGCAUACGGCAGCUGAAAACCUCCUCAUCCUGCGGGACGAGCUUCCCAACCUCAACGUGUCAUGUCUGGCUUCGGGAUGGCCUCAACUGCUGCUAGCCGACCCGGAGCGCCUGACCACUGAUCUGCAAGAGGUCAAGUCGCUGCUAAGCGGCUGUGGCCCGGCAGCGUUUCGCGAGCUGCUGGAGGAGUUUCCCCACUUGCUGCUGCCUGCGAACGCGGUGGCCUUGCUGGAUAACGUGGCCCGACUGUUCGAGCUGGGUGGGGAGGGAGAGGACGGCAGGGAGCUGGGCCGCACGCGUGCUGCUCAAAUGCUAGGAAGUCAGCCCUCCCUAGCUCGUUCAGCGGUGCCUCUGGUGUCCCAGACGCGGGGUGAGCGGGACCCGGAGUACCUAGCGGAUACCACUCGGGCGGAGGUGUGA